CACAACGACCUACCUCAUCUCGUUUUGAGGAUUCCAAUCAAAAGAUCCCACGCCCCAAGCGAGCGCCACCUUUGUACCGAUCUCCCGGUUCUUCUACGCCGCCAAAAGGAAAGGUGUUUUUGUACUGCCACUGCACGUGUUCUCCAAUCUCUUGUCACCCAGCCACACCAGUCGCCAUAGCUGCUGGACGGAGAAGAAGAUCCCUCAAGGCCUGCCCUGCGCGGCUAAGCUUUGCGCAAAGCGUCCUUCUCUUUAGUGGAAAAGUAGAAAGCAGCCAUCAAAAGAGGCCCUUUGGCUUUGGCCCCAAAGUUCUUGGUGGCCUGGCUGGAUUGGAUAUUUGGAUGUCUGUUCUUCUUGGCUGGAUAUCUCGUUCUCUAGAAGACGAAGUCGUCUGGUUCAUGGCGUAGUCAUUUUAGCAGGACAGGGAGAGGUUGCAGCAGCAUCGGAGCAACGCCAUGGGAGAGGUUGCAGCAGACAUGUACACGCAAGACGGGACCGUCGACAUCAAGGGGAACCCCGCCGUGAAGAAGGGCACCGGCAACUGGCGCGCCUGCCCCUACAUCCUCGCGAACGAGUGCUGCGAGAGGCUGGCGUACUACGGCAUGAGCACCAACCUAGUGAACUACAUGAAGACCCGCCUCGGCCAGGAGAACACCGUCGCCGCCAACAACGUCACCAACUGGGGGGGAACAUGCUACAUCACGCCACUCAUCGGUGCAUUCUUGGCCGACGCCUACAUGGGGAGAUACUGGACCAUUGCCAGCUUCAUGAUAAUCUACAUAUUCGGGUUGACGCUCCUGACAAUGGCGUCGUCGGUGAAGGGGCUGGUGCCAUCGUGCGACAACGGGACGUGCCACCCGACGGAGCCGCAGACGGCGGCGGUGUUCGUGGCGCUGUACCUUAUCGCGCUGGGCACGGGCGGGAUCAAGCCGUGCGUGUCGUCGUUCGGCGCCGACCAGUUUGACGAGAACGACGAGAGGGAGAAGAAGAGCAAGAGCUCCUUCUUCAACUGGUUCUACUUCUCCAUCAACAUCGGCGCGCUGGUGGCGUCGUCGGUGCUGGUGUACGUGCAGACGCACGUCGGCUGGGGCUGGGGCUUCGGCAUACCCGCCGUUGUCAUGGCCAUCGCCGUCGCCAGCUUCUUCUUCGGUACGCCGCUGUACCGGCACCAGCGGUCCGGUGGCAGCCCGAUCACGCGCAUCGCGCAGGUGCUCGUUGCGUCGGCGCGCAAGUGGAACGUGACCGUGCCCGCCGACAAGUCGCUGCUGCACGAGACCGUGGACAAGGAGUCUGGCAUCCAAGGGAGCCGCAAGCUGGAGCACACCGAUCAGUUCAGAUUUCUUGACAAGGCUACGGUGGAGACGGCGGAGGACAAGGCGGCGGAGCGCGCAGCUAGCGCGUGGCGGCUGUGCACUGUAACGCAGGUGGAGGAGCUCAAGAGCGUGGUGCGGCUGCUUCCCAUCUGGGCGAGCGGGAUCGUGUUUGCGACGGUGUACUCGCAGAUGACCACCAUGUUCGUGCUGCAGGGCAACACGAUGGACCCGCGCAUGGGCCCCAACUUCAGCAUCCCCUCGGCGUCGCUCUCCAUCUUCGACACGCUCAGCGUCAUCGUCUGGGUGCCCGUCUACGACCGCCUCAUCGUGCCCGCCGUGCGCUCCGUCACGGGGCGGCCGCGCGGGUUCACGCAGCUGCAGCGCAUGGGCAUUGGCCUCGUCAUCUCCAUCUUCUCUAUGCUCGCCGCGGGCGCUCUCGAGGUCGUCCGGCUGCGCACUGUCGCGCGGCACGGCCUGUACGGGGGCAAGGACAUCGUGCCCAUCUCCAUCUUCUGGCAGGUGCCGCAGUACUUCAUCAUCGGCGCCGCGGAGGUCUUCACCUUCGUCGGCCAGCUCGAGUUCUUCUACGACCAGGCGCCCGACGCCAUGAGGAGCAUGUGCUCCGCGCUGUCGCUCACCACCGUCGCGCUCGGCAACUACCUCAGCACGGUGCUGGUGACCAUCGUGACGCGCAUCACCACAAGGCACGGCAAGCUCGGGUGGAUCCCGGACAACCUCAACCUUGGCCACCUUGACUACUUCUUCUGGCUGCUCGCCUUGCUCAGCCUCCUCAACUUCAUCGUCUACCUCGUCAUCGCCAGCUGGUACAAGUACAAGAAGACGGCGGAUUACCCUGACGCCAAAGGGGAGCACAACCAAGAGCACUGACUGAACAGGGAAGGCCAAGUGAAGUGAUUUCUCUGUCAAUGUGUGUGCUCAAAAGGUGGAAGCAAGAUGGUAUCAUUUGUGACGUUGAAGAAUGUUCUAUCAAUGUUCACUGAACUGCCUGCGGGCGAUUAGUUGUUUAGUUGGCAUGUUUAGUUUUGAUGUGCAAUGCUUAAUCCCAAGUAUCAAUAUUUAUAAGAAAACAGAGUAUCUUGUUUUGA